AAUUUUCAAAAAAUAAAAGCAUUGAGUUCACUAUUGACUUUUCGAGCAUGGCGUCAAGAUUUUCUAGAGGUGGACGAGGAGGAGGUCGUGUAAAAAAGAAACAUUCUUUUCUUACCAAAGCUCGUAAAUACGCAAGUAAAGGAUUAUAUGGCAGAGGAAAAAAUAUUGAUGAAGAAACCUACAACUAUUUCGUCCGUGUCAUGGAAAGACUCAAAGAUGAAUUUGAGGAUGAAGAAGAAAAAGAAAUGUUUGUCGUCAACGUUUUUGAACAGACCAAAGGAAAAGAAAUGGAUCUGAUUUGCAAUCAAGUUGUGUCAAAAAUCAUGGAAAAGCUUCUGCCACUCGCCAACAGUGAAAAUCUCAAGCACUUUGCUGAUUUGAUGUUGAAUGACAUGCGAAUUAUUUGUACAGACCCUUAUGCCAGCCACGUCUUGGAAAAAGUCAUGCGAAUUUGUUUGGAGACCAUCUCUAAAACCAAUCCAACUGACGGCAAAGAUGAACAUUCAGCUUUCUGCCUCAAGUGGCUCUCCUCUGUCAGCCGCUACGCCUUCAACAAUGUUGAAGAAUUUAUUUCAGAUAUUUAUGCCAGCCACAUUCUACGGACAUCAUUGCAAUGUCUCAGUGGCAUUGAACUAGACACCUUGCUGAUGAAAAGCUAUCGGUCUAGAAGACAUCUGGAUCACACCGAGGCUUCAAGCUCCAUACCCAAAUACGAAUCGGAGGAAUUCGUCACUAUGUUGAGGGAUUUUGGCGAACGAUUUGCCAGCUGGCCCCAGCUUCACGACAUGGUGCUUUCCCAAGAUUCUUCUGCUGUUAUCCAAACGGUUUUAUUUUGCUUGCACAAAACUGCUCCUGAUCUUUGCAAGAAGUUAUUGGACUUUAUCGUCAAAGAAAUUCUGUCAGCUAUGCAAGUUGAUGACAUCUUCUCCAGUGCUGCUAUCGUUCACACCCUAGAAACGUGUUUGACUGUCAGUGACGAAGAAAUCUUCCAACAGCUUUAUCAAACUUACUUCAAAGGUCGAUUGAAGACUUUGGCAGAGAAUUUUGAUCUUAAAUUCUCCGUUCUGAAACUAUUGGAAGCCGUCAAGGAUAAAGAACUGUUUACAGAGAUAUUUGAAGAACUGGCUCCAUUCAUGGAAGACAUUUUCGCUGCCGGAUGCGGAACAGUCGUUUUGGGUUUGGCAAAUGCAUGCAAACGCCUUUCCACACUACAGGCCAAGUUUUUACAGCAUUUGAUGGAAACGUUCCAUUGUUUCACUCCCGAAACACGCCAGAUGAAGAUUGUGCCUUUGGUUUCUCGACUUAUCACUUACGAAGUGGCUGAGCAGCCAGGUGAUGACAAACCGUCUUUUAAUUGCCACAUUAUUGGCUCGCAAAUUGUCCAGACGUUGCUUCACUUUGGGAAACCCAUCAAAAUCGUCCAAAGUCUGCUCGAAAUGGAGACGAGCCAGUUGAGGGACUUGCUGAGCGACACAUUUGGUAGUCGAAUCAUGGACGCUUUCUUCAGCGCCGAAUUUGUCGGUGAAAAGAGCCACGACAAACUCAUUCAGAAGCUUCAAGGAAGUUUCUAUUCCCUGGCCACGACCAAAUUUGGUUCUCGUUCCCUGGACUCCGUUUGGCGAUCAAGCCCUGUCAAGACGAGGAUAGCGAUUGGCGAAGAACUUUUGCAGAAAGAGACGGCCUUGCAGGGCAAUUAUUUCGGCCGUAUCAUCUUCGAGAAUUACGCGUUGCCUCUUCUCAAGAGACAAAAGUCCGACUGGAAGACGAUACAGGACAAGGAGAGCAAAAAGAGGAAACUGUUUGCAGAUAUCGUCGAUCCACUUGCCGAUGGCGGCGAGGGCUCCAAUUCCGAUCGAGUCAAGAAAAAGAAGAAAGCGAAGGCAUAAAUUCAAAAGUUAUUAUUAUCACCGUUUGAUAAUUUUCCAAUACAGCGUGGACAAUUCA